AGGUUGACAGUGGGAGCCGGUUUGGGGAGACCGAAGUGAGCUAAAAGAGUAGGCAUCGAUUUGGGGAGAGAAAAAAGCUUGAGAACCGAUGCAUUCGCAAAGUUUAUUUGUCACGAGACGGAUCGCUGUGAGCACUUGGAGAGCAUUCUCGACGUCCAAAAUGGUCCAGAUUAAGGAAGGUGACAAGUUGCCGAGUGCUGAUUUGUUUGAGGAUUCACCAGCCAAUAAGGUCAAUACUGGUGAUUUGUGUCGCAACAAGAAGGUGAUUCUGUUUGCUGUUCCUGGAGCUUUUACUCCGGGCUGCUCCAAGACUCAUUUGCCGGGCUAUGUGGAGAAGGCUGAGGAGUUGAAGGCACAGGGAGUGAGUGAGAUUGUCUGUGUCUCCGUCAAUGAUCCUUUUGUGAUGUCAGCUUGGGGGAAGGAUCAGUCAGCUGGGGGAAAGGUUCGAAUGUUGGCUGAUCCGAACGGUGCAUUUACAAAGGCCGUUGAUUUGGGCGUAGAUCUACCUCCGCUGGGCGGAUUUCGGUCCAAGCGGUACUCAAUGGUGGUUGAGGAUGGAGUUGUCAAGUCACUCAAUGUUGAGCCCGAUGGAACGGGACUUACCUGUUCCCUGGCCAAUAAACUCAAACUAAAUUAAAUCCCUUGCAAACCUGAAAUGCCUCAAAAGCAUUUGAAUAUCAGAGCCUUUUCUAUUACCCACGUAGAAUCCCCUAGAACCUAGCUAUAUCACUCUUCUUGAAAUGUAGGCGCUAUUCGGAUAAGGAAGUGAAUUCUCACACAAGAAAAAAAUCCAAUAUAUUUUAGAGAAAAAUUUAUCAUUCGAAUACUUCACGAAAUAAAAAACGAACUUCUUAAACA